AAUAUUGACCGCCAUUUUGUGUAGUAGACUAGCCGUCGAGUCUUGGCGGCUUUUUUCUUUAAUUACGCCUUUGCAAUGGAUGAACAGAGAUUUCAGAAUAAUUUAGCGUCUCCUCCAUCUCACGGUAAUGCUAUCAUGGGCGGCGGAUAUCAGAUGCAAUCGGAUAUGCACCAUUCAGCCGGUGAUCAUUCAGAAUCCCGUAAACAAGAUAUUGGAGAAAUUCUCCAACAAAUUAUGAAUAUAACCGAUCAGAGUUUGGAUGAGGCACAAGCAAGGAAACAUACGCUCAAUUGCCAUCGAAUGAAACCAGCUUUGUUUAGUGUAUUGUGCGAAAUCAAGGAAAAAACGGUGCUAAGUAUUCGCGGUAAUCAGGAUGAUGAGCCUCAAGAUCCACAAUUAAUGAGGCUUGACAAUAUGCUGAUAGCCGAAGGGGUUGCUGGACCUGAAAAAGGAGGAGGUUCAACAGCCGCUUCAACGGCUUCCCAAGCUGCUAAUUCUGGUGGGGAAUCUGCUAUAGAACAUUCUGAUUAUAGAGCUAAAUUGGCUCAAAUUAGACAAAUUUAUCAUACGGAACUCGAAAAAUACGAACAAGCCUGUUCCGAAUUCACAACUCACGUCAUUAACUUAUUAAGGGAACAAAGUCGAACGAGACCAAUUGCGCAAAAAGAAAUCGAGCGUAUGGUUUCUAUAAUUCGACGAAAAUUUGCCGCUAUCGAAAUGCAACUGAAGCAGAGUACAUGUGAAGCCGUAAUGAUAUUGAGAUCCAGGUUCCUAGACGCAAGGCGCAAGCGACGAAAUUUUAGUAAACAAGCAACCGAAGUCUUAAACGAGUAUUUCUAUUCACAUCUGAGUAACCCAUAUCCCAGUGAAGAAGCCAAAGAAGAAUUAGCAAGAAAAUGCCAAAUAACUGUGUCACAGGUAUCAAAUUGGUUUGGCAACAAACGAAUCAGAUUUAAGAAGAAUAUCGGCAAAGGGCAAGAGGAGGCCAAUAUGUACGCCAGUAAAUAUGCCGUUCAAGCUGCCUCUGGAGGUACGACACCCAACACCAGCCCAAAACAGGAACCAGAUGCACCUAAUAUGUCGCAAGCUUGCCAAGGCAACUAUCAAGAUGGACUUCUUUAA